AUGCAUGGAAGUUUCAAUCUCUGCGUCCCCGUGACCACACCGGCAAAUCGUGUCCUUGUCCGAUUACCUCUUCCCUACAGAGUCGGUGAAUAUGUUCGCCCUGGAAACAGUGAUGAGAAAGUCUGCUGUGAGGCCGGAACAUAUGCCUGGCUUCGGAGGGAGUGCCCAAGCGUACCUAUCCCUCAUCUCUAUGGUUGUGGUCUGUCAAAGGCCCGACAUCCGCAUUCCUCUCCCAAGAAUAGGAUCAUUGGUGGUCCACGACCAGGGCUUUCUACAGCUAACCAACCGACCGCCUACCAUGGAGCUACAAGCCUAGAGAAUGAGAAUAUACCCAUUGACGUAAAUCGAAGUCAGACAUUCCCUACUGUUGACUCUUACGUCAAUGCCAUAUUAUCGUGCCAUGACAGCCGGCUACGCCACGAACAAAAUGCCGUCAACGACUUCAUUGACUGCGUAAUGCAGAUGUCCGGACUUACAACACUGCGCGCUGUCUCCCAGGAGCUUUUUGAGCAAGGACUCAACAGCAGGCCAUUCAUUUUUCAAUUAACUGAUAUGCAUGCGAGUAACAUCCUCGUUGAUAAGAAUUGGAAUAUUGAAUACAUCAUAGAUCUGGGAUGGGCUGCUUCACAGCCUUUUGAGUUUAUGCAACUUCCAUAUUGGCUCACCAGCCAGGCCGUGGACGUGAUUGACCCCGAGGCUUACAAUGCGCUUCGGCAGGGGUUCAUGCAAAUUUUUACAGAAGAGGAAAGAGAGAUAUCUCAUGCGCGGAUACUUGGACAUCACUUGGAGAAGGGUUUAAACUGCUCACCGAUAAUGAAUAAAUGCUGGGAAUCCGGCACUUUCUGGUGUAUCCUCGCCCUUCGAACCCCAACAGGGCUGCAUUCCAUAUUUUAUAAGCAUAUCCAACCGAUCUUCGAGAAAGGCCAUUUCCAGGAUAGCAACUUCUUCCUCAUGAUGCAUAAGUAUUGGUCACGAGAUGCAUCUGACUUCCCAGUCCAAAAGAUUACCGACAGAGAGGCAUAUCUAGACAAGCUUCAAGAGGCAUUCGAUCCCUCCUAA